GACGGCCCGCGGCCGCCCCGCCCUCGCUCCAGGUGAUGCCGGUGCCGGGGUGACGAUGCCGCCGGCGAGGCGGCGGCGGCCACUGCUGAUGGAGGAGGCGGAGAUGAUGAUGAUGAUGAUGAUGAUGAUGAUAGAGGUGAUGAUGAUGGGCUCCGCCGCCCGGCCCUGCCCCUGAGCUGCGGAGAAGCGCCAGCGGCCGGCUCCCCUCCUCCCCCGAGAUCGCCCGGCUCCCCCCGGCCGCCGCCGCCCCCACUCCGUCCUCGAUGUCUCCGCCGCGGCGCGGAGCUCCCUUGGCCGCCUCCCCGCCCUCUCGCUCCUCGCCGCCUCCCUCCCGCCCCGCGGUCCGGCGGCGGCACCAUGAAGGUGGAAGCGGGGGACAACUCCAUGAUCAACCUGUCGGUGCAGCAAGUGCUGAGCCUGUGGGCUCACGGCACCGUCCUCCGCAGCCUCACGGAGAUGUGGUACUGGGUUUUCCUCUGGGCACUCUUCUCCUCUCUCUUUGUCCAUGGUGCUGUGGGAGUAUUAAUGUUUGUGAUGCUGCAGAGGCAUAGGCAGGGGAGGCUGAUAUCUGUCAUUGUGGUCAGCAUUGGAUUUCUGGGUUCUAUAACUGGAGCAAUGAUAACCAGUGCUGCAGUAGCUGGAAUUUACAGAGUAGCAGGAAAGAAUAUGGCUCCCCUAGAAGCUCUUGUCUUUGGCGUUGGACAGACAGUACUGACAUUAAUUAUCUCAUUUUCACGAAUUCUUGCAACGCUUUGAAACUUAUGUAGAAAGGGGGGAGAAAAACGUCUUUAAUCUGAGGAGAAGCUUCCUGAAAGUGGAUUCGUCAGCUUAUCAACUCGAAUUCUAGUGCAAGAGGAAGGAAGCUAUGUGGAAAGUGCACUACAAAUCUCGAGGCUCAGUCAAAUGAGCAGGCUGUCCUCUAGUGUUGGAACUGCUGCACUCCUGCACUGCGCCUUAACGUGCCUCUGUCACGGGCCAGGGGGGAUCUCUGUGUGCCAAGCAGACACCGAGCACCUCCAGCAGCUGCCAGGCAGGUCCAUGCUUGGUGCUGGGAUCACUGUCCUUAACACCUUGGAAUGAAACAGAGGGGCCAUCCUGAAGGGUGCUUUGUGUGCCAGACUUGAAGAGGUUUGGUUUAACUCUGAGCGGGUGGCUGGGUGAGCUCUGGAAUGUAGAAGAAUUCUGUGAAUAUGCACAAUUCUCCUUGAAUUCAGGUGAAAUAGUGAGGUUACUGACUUUUGUGUAUUAGAAGAAUCUCUCUGAAUGCCGAAUAUUCUUGUUCAGCAUUCAAAACAACUGUUAGAUCUCUUUCAAAAUGUAGAUUAAUUUUGAUGGGGUUUAAGAACCACAGCUUUAACAACCCUGAUAUAAUUAGCACUAUGUGAAGAAUGGCUCGUGGCAGUUUUGUUCCUUGGCACAUUUCUUCGUGACUUUAGCUAGUCAGAAAUCAGGAGUUUAAGGUAACUGUAUGAAGGUUUUUAAGUACAAGCUGUUGUGUAUGCGCAAACAAAUCUUAAACUGAUGUUUUCCUUGAAAUUGUUUUGUUUUAAACAUACAGAUGCUUACCAGCCCUUCUGCAAACCUCAGAGAAAGGAUUCUCAUUGCAAAUAAACUCCCUAUAUUUAAUUAAGCACUGGUAGGACCCUUACCCCUACAUAUAUUUUGUAAGGAAAACACAAAUACAACAAACUCUCAGAGAAUACACCUAUGAGGAAAAUGGAAAGGGUUAACAAUAUGAUAUAUUGGUUUUCUACUGAACAAAAAUAUUAAGUGUAAUAAAAUGGUUACUGUACUCCAAAAAUUUGUAAGUGGGGCAGCACUAAUGUAUUUACUACCUUGUUUCUGAACACUUUGUAUCUUUGGAAAGAUUAAGAUACCUGGAACUUUCAAAUACUUAGCUUUCAGUGGUUUGUGCUUCUCUAGUUUAAAAGGGACCGAGUGGUGUUGUUCAUGUGAAAUGUCAUAAAUGUGAGUGUUUGGAAAGUAAAGAGAAAUUUUAAGUCUAAUGACUAAUUAUUUAUGAAAUACAAAAUUUAAAGGGCAUAAAGUUCUGUGAAGAAUAAGGAAUCUUUUACAUCUUUUCUCAGCUUAAUGCUUUUCAGCAGUUGUCUCUUAAUGAUGACAGGGAGUAAAUCACUCAAAGGUUUUGCUGUUAUGAUGUCAAAAAGACUUUCAGGACUGUCACAAACACUGGCACCUACUGUGCACCUAAAAGAAUAUGUUUAAAAUAUAACUUACAAUCCAGUCAUUGCUUGCAUCAAUUUAUCAGUAUGAUAGUACUUUAAAAUGUAAUGAAUUAACCUGUCUGCCUUUAUCUUAUUCCACAUACAUUUCUUUAAAGUACUAGGAAUACUAAUAGUAUUUGUUUUCUUUAAAAGCAUCAAAGUCUUAUUUGGAAAACAUACAAAGUUAUGGGCUCUGCAGGGAACAAGUUAAAAUAUAGGUUUAUAUAUAUUUUCAGUGUUAUUUUUACUUUUAAUUGCUUCAAAACUGUGGCUGAAUACAUAUACUGUCACUGAUUUUUAAUGUCUUCAGAAACUUUCCUGUGGUUUGUUUUUUUGUCUUUCACUUUCUGCUUAUUGUUUUUGGCACACAACCAUUGCACUUUAAUAGACAAUGAAAUUAUGACAUCUGUAACAAGCAAUUGAAACUUCUCCCCAUUGUCUUAAAUUGUGAGAAAACUGGUUUCAGGUAUUUAAGUCAAAUUGAAUAAUAAAGUGAUUGAAGAUAUUUCUCCUAAUGUGCCUUGUUACAUGUAUGAUUAGGGGAGAUGAUUUUAAAAAAAAUUGUCGCAUCUUCAUUCUUGUUCUAUUUUGAUUAUUUCUAAUUAAUUUGGUUACUUAAUACAGUGUCUUGUUCAGCAGACUUUAAAACAUAUUUGACAAUCUGGAAAUGCUUGUCUGGAUCAAAACCAACCACAGCACAAAGCACUAUGUUCAGUAAUUUAUAUUGUUUCAUGCCUUUAUCUCACACUGAAAUUUACUCACAGGUUCCAAAUUUCCUUGAACAUCUCAAUCCUUAUAUUUUAUAGGAGGCUAUUAUGCUGCCACUGCUUAAUGGCUUGCUGUCUUUCACUAAGUUAAACUACAGCAGACUGCUCCUAGCUGAUGAGAUACAUAUGCUUGUAUUGAUGAACUUCAUUCUUCAUUUUAAUUACUGUGCCAAUGAAGUUUUUGCCAUUGUAACUCUCCCUCAUGGACAAGGAGGCAUCUUUGAAGGUUUUAAGCUACCUUUCUUCAAGUACUUUUUAUUGCAUAGGUAUUUGUAUUCACUUUUAAGAUGUUGUCAUGUGCUUAGCUGUCUUUGCAUUGUAUAGCAUUAUUGCCUGGCAACAAAGGACAGGCAGAUAAUGUAAUGCUUAAGUGGCCUAACAGGGACAAGGCUUUAUUUGACAGAAGUUUGUUUUCAGCUGUUUCUUGUGAGGAGUUUAUAAUGAUGAAGAGUUUGCCUGUGAAGUGUUCUUUAAUCACAGCAUGAACAUACUGCUUAAUAACUCCAACAGUGAAAGAAAUUGUAAGUGGCCUUAUGUCUGCAAAACUUGGAACUUUCAUUCCAUAUCCCUAGAAACAGCGUUGUUAAGCAUAAGGUGCUUUAGUGUUUAGGUGUGUGUGUAUAUAUAUAUAUGAAUGAAUAGUGGCUUUGUGGAGUGUGUUUUUAUACCUGACACACUAACAACUAAAAUAGAUUUUCCAAUAAAAAAUAAAAUUACUUUAGAUAGCCUCCCCUCCUCCUGCCCCUUUUAACGAAGCUACAAAGAUAUCUUGUGUGUGAGUGAAUGGCACAGAUGGUACUCUGGUUCACCCUUGGACAAUGCAGUGUUGUCCACACAGGAUGUUUUAGCACUAUCUUCAAUCAGCUCUGCCUGUCUCUGCAUUGUGUCACUGGGCACAUUCUGCAUUGUGCAGAAAAAAUAAUGCAUCGACACAGUUUAAUAUUUGGAAGAAGGGUGAGUACUGAAUAUAUUAUUUAAUGUAGGAAAGCUACUUUUUUUUAGAAGAUGCUGCUAUCAAAGAUUUAAAUUUUGCACACACUUUGAAUUUAUCAGUAUGAUCAUAGAAUUAUAAAAUACCAGCUUGGAGGGGACCUCAACCAUGGUCUGGUCCAACCUUUCCUGGCAAUAGCAUGGUCUAGAAAAGGUAGCCCAGCGCCCUGACCAGCCAAGUCUUUAAAAUGUCUAAUGCUGGGGAGUCCAAUAAUUCCCUGUGGAUUUUGUUCCAAUGGCAUUCUUCCAGUGUCCAACUGGAAUAUCACAAAGUAAUUUGUACGCAUGACCCCUCAUCUUUUCCAUGUGACUGCUUGUAAAAAGGGAGUCUUUUCUUUGUAGCCACCCUUUGAACAUUGGAAUAUGGUGAUAAAGGCUCCCUUAAGCCUUCUUUCUUCAAGGCAGAAUCAACCCAGUUCUUUGCCUUUUCUCAUAUGUCAGGCUUCCCAGACCUUUGAUUAUCCCUGUGGCCUUUUUCUGGAGCCUUUCCAGCCUGUCCAUGGUUUUGUGUGUUUUUUGCAUGUCAGGGACCAAAGCUGAACACAGAGCACCCAGUAUUGCAGGUGUGGCCUGUCAGGAGGCUGAGUGAGAUAAUGGGGAUUUUAUCUCUGCUGGUUAUGCCCUUGUUGAUGCAGUCCAUCACAUCAAUGAUCCUGUUGGCUUUGUUUGCCAUAACAGCACACUGCUCACUCACAUGGAGCUGCUUGUUCACAGGACCCCCAGAUCCCUUUCCACAGAGCUGCUUCUCAGACAAGUCCAUCCCAGCCUGUGCUGCACUCCUGGAUUGUGUUUUCCCAAGUGCAAGAUCUUACCCUUGUCCUUGUUGAACUUCCUAAAGUUUUUACACUGACCUUCAGCAUGCUCAGCAGAAUUCCACUACUGUGAUCAUGGCAGCCGAGGUUGUCACUGAUUGGGAUUUUACAAAGCAGGUUUCCUUGGCUUGUGAGUAGCAAGGCCAGCAGUGCCUCACCCUUGACUGGUACAUCUAACCAUCUGUAUUCCAAAUAUGUCCUCUACAUACUCCAGGAGCGUAUGGAUAACGUGUGGUCUGCUGUAUUUUUCUUCCAACAAGUGUCUAGGCAGCCAAAAUUGCUCAUAGAACCAGGUUCUAUUGACCCAAAGCUUUCUUAAGUGACACAAAUAUUGUUUAAUUGGUGUUAUUUCCUUGGUUUGGAGGUCAGUAGCAGAUGCCUACUUGGAGAUUCCUCUUGGAGACGACCUCUCUGACCCUGACUCAGGCAUUCAGUAGAGCUUCCACAAUCUGUGCAUUGGUACAAAUAUACUGGAGGUGGUUGCUCUUUUGGUUCUCAUCUUGGGAAGCAGCACCAAAUGUUCCUUAGAACAUUUGGCACCACUCUAGUUGGCUUGACUUAUUCCCUAGGUCAAAAAAUUUUGUUUUGAUUCAAAACCUGCAGCUGUGUUUCUGGAAAAAAAGCUUCCAAAUAAAUAUUGUCUUUAAUUUUCUGGGUAAUUUUGAGUUUAUGAAAUUAAGCUGUAUGCUGUGGCUAGCCAUGAUUUGCUGUUGACUUUUUUUUAAGAAACCAAUAAUUUAACCAGUUUUGAACAUUCAAUGAGGAUGUGAAGCUUGUCUAAACUUGUCUAAAGUAGCUUUUUAUUUUUGAAGUACAGUUUUGAUUUUGAUAAGGAAAAUAGUGUCUCCCUCUCAAUAUAUUGUACAUUGUUAUUUAUUUUGCUUAAAAUUUGUAUUUGAGUUCUGUUGUGGGGGGCACAUAUAUAAUGCCCUUUGAGCAAAAACUGUAAUAGAGUCUUAAAAACUAUAAGAACUGGUUUUUUUUGUUUUAAUUUAUGUAUUUCAUGCACUAGUCAUAUUUUAAUAAUACCUUGCCUGCAUUAAAUCUAAGUAUUUAUAUCAUGAGCAUAUUAAACUGGAUGUUUUUGUGCACAGCCAUCCAACAUCACAUGUAUAUAAUUCCAGAUGAAUAGACACAAUAGUAUUGCUUGGUGUACUGAAUUGUGGAUUAAUCAGUUAGCCCCUCUCCCCAGAAAGUGACUCUGAUAAGGCCUAGAAAUGCAAUUGUGAACUGAGAAUUUUUUUCAGUUGCUCUUCUGUUUCUAGAAAUAGGUUUUUUCAUCGUAUGUGUAUUUCACUUAAGGGGAAAAACAUGGAGAUAGGUCACAGUUGUCAUCCUAAUAGCCCAUCUAAUUCCAAACAAUUUGAGACAAAACUGAAUUCUGAAUGUUGUUCACAAAUUAUGAUGUAUUAUUACAUACACAAAAAUGCUAAAGCAUAACUUUUUUUCAAAGUUACCAUAAUUUAACAUACAAUUGAAUCAGCAUAUUGACCUUUUGAAUUAUAACUUUUUCUUUAGAUUGGGAGCAGCCCAAGGUGGAAAGACUUUUCAAAUCCUCAGCUGAAGUAAUAAAUGUUCUCUGAGUAGAGAUGAAUUUAAGAGAGCUGAACAUUUGUUUUGGGCUAAUGGUCUAAUAUUUGGUGGUGAUAUUGUCACCACCAUCACAACCUUUAAAGUCAAUGAGAAAUUUAUUCUGUCCUCUAUUACAGCAGUGAAAUCUUCAUCUGGGUUCAUUAAUUUGUGUAUGUAACUGCACACACUUUUGGAAAAAUGAAAUUAUCAUAGAAAGUAGAAUUCAACCUGAGUACAUAUGUUUGAUAUCCUAAAAUUGUGACAAAUUAUGUCCUGAAGCAUCCUGUUUCUGCUGUUUCCCACAAUUGUGCCUGUACAUGAAAUUCAGGCUGUGCAUUACUUCUUAAUGUAAUCACAAGGACAUCUCAAAGUCUGUGAAGAUGUAUUGCUGCUUGGGGUAUUCUCCCAGUGUAGCAGGUGUAAAAACGAUUUGGCUCUAAAAAAUUAUCUAAAGAAGUAUUUUCUUUCAGGAGCAUAAAUUUUGUCACUUCUAAUUGUUCAUCUUGUAGUUACUGAAGACUUUGGGAAGCUACUGUAUGAAUCCUAGCAGGAUUUGACAGCUGUUGAAGGGAAUGGAUAGUAUGUCCUUUUGUACUUCUUCUGUGGACUGGCAAACACCAACUCUAAGGCAAAGUAAAUACUGAAGAGAUAUUUUCAGUAAAAUAAACAAUACUUGAUUGAUAUAAAUGGCAUUCCUUUUUAUUUGAGACUUAACUUUCUAGGUUUACUUGAGAAAUUUAGUAUCAACACUGUAAAAUCCAUUUUGGAUUAUCCAUCAGUGUAAGAUAUAUGGGAGCUAAAAAUCUAAAACCUUUUAAAAUUACUUGGCUAGUGGUUUUACUUGUUUGAAAUGUGCCUAAAUUUUAUACAGAUAAUGAAAUUCUGAAGGUCCUUAAUACUUUGGGUGUUUUAGAGGAUGAUCAGUUAUCUACAGAACUAAACUUUUGACUGUGACAAUAUAUAGAAUAGCACACAAUUCUUCAGAAGUGAUUCCAGAAACCAUUAAGAAUAAAUACCUAUUUUACAGUUAGAAAAAGUAUUUAGAAUCUGUAUUGAUAAUUUGAACAGUUGUACUAUAAGCUUUACAAAUGCAAGUAUUAUAACCAUUUGGAUUUGGCUGAACGAAUAGGAGGAGAUGAAAACGGGAAUUUGAAAAUCUUUAAAAAUGACAAAGGUAAAAAAUAUCCGUUAGUCCACUGACAGACUUGUGCUUCUUCAGUACUGUUUUUCAUCAAGCAUGACUUAAACAAUAGAACAUUGUUAGUGUCUCACCAUAAACUGUCUUGUUGAUAGAAUGCAUUUUUUGAACUUGUAUUAGAAAUCGAUGUUCAUAUCUUCACUUUUUGAAGUUACCUAAGCUAAAGUGUUGUGACCUAGGCAUUGUUACUAAGCUCAAAGAUAGUAACAACAAUGAUGGAGAAGAGUGAUUUAACAUUUAGUUGAUUUAUGCUUUGUACAGGACUCUGUUAUAGUGUGCAAAAGGUACUUGUUUUGAGUGGUGGAUGUACUGCAUGCUCAUGUAAUAGUUUAGCUCCAGUUAAAAAAAAAGAUGGCAUUUAAGUUGUAAAUAAUGUAUACUACUAUAUUUAAUUUUUUAACCAACUUUUUUAUUUCCCUGUUUGUGUACAGUUCUCUGUGUACAUAUUAAAAAAAAAAAACUAAAACAAACAAACCACAACAUUUUGAGGAACUUUUGUAGUUGCCUUUUGCAUUUUGUGUUAAUAACCUAAAUAUGCCCAUUCAGCUGUCUGUUUAGUUUGAAGUUUUCAUUGCAUGCUUUCAGGUUUUUUGAAAAACAGCAAUAACAUUUGGACAAUUAUUUAAAGUAAAACAUUCUUCUGCACAAUUUCCACUUUCAUUCUUUAGAAUGCAGACACAGUGGAACAGUUGUCCAACUGUAAGAUUUAAAGAAUCUUUAAGUAAUUAUUUAUAUUUCUUUUUUUUUGGUUGUAGGAAAUGUCUCAUAGUAGCUUAUAAACAGAAUUUGCAAGUUAAACAUGGUUUCUCAUGCUCCUUUAUUUAACUAAAGUUUUCUAUUAAAAUAUUUUCAUAAACUUUGUGUAGCUUAUUGCAUGUUCUUCUAAGUAAUCAUGAAGCUAUGUGUCAACCUCUGUAUGAAAUAUGCCGACAACACAAGUUUUAACGUUUUGUGAAUCUGGUUGAAAUGUACAGAUAUACACAUAAAAUAAAGCUAAAAUUAGUAAUUAAA